AUGCCCCCAUCCCUGCGCCCGCCGCAGGGCAGCGCGUGGCUGGGCCGGCGCCUGGAGGAGCUGCCCACGCCGGCGCUCGCGGUGGCCGAGGGCACGGCGCGCCGCAACGCCGAGCGCAUGCUGCAGCGCUGCCGCGCGCUCGGCGUCCGCCUGCGCCCCCACGUCAAGACGCACAAGACGCUUGUAAGGAUGUUCGAUAGACUAGUCGGCGUGCGCCCCACGGAGCCGGGCGCGCUGGAGCUGGCGCGGGCCGUCGCGCAGUCGGCGCCGCGCCGCGUGGCGCUCGUGGGCGUCUACGCGCACUGCGGCGACACAUACCAGUGCGCCGGCGUGCCCGAGGUGCAGGCCGUGGCGCGCGCCACCGCCGCCGCCCUCGGCCGCUUCGUGGACAUGCUGCGCCAGGCCGGGGUGCCCUGUCCCGAGGCCAGCAUGGGCUCCACGCCGUCCUGCAGCCACCCGGUGCCGGAGAUGGGCGCCCUCACCGAGCUGCACCCGGGCAACUACCUCUUCUACGACCUGCAGCAGCUGCAGCUGGGCAGCUGCGCGCCGCAGGACGUGGCGCUGCGGGUGCUCACGCGCGUCCUGGGCCACUACCCGCGCCGCAACCAGCUCCUCGUGGACUGCGGCUGGGCGGCGCUGAGCCUGCACGGGCAGCAGCAAGGCCAGGGCCCCGCGGGCUGCGCCGCCGUCGAGGGGCACCCCGAGCUCAGGCUGGUGGGGCUCACGCAGGAGCACGGGCUGCUGGAGCCCGUGAGCGGCGCCUUGGAUUUCGACCGCUUCCCGGUGGGCUCCAUGCUGGCGCUCAUCCCCUUCCACGCCUGCGCCACGGCCGCCAUGCACCCCGUGUACUACGUGCACGACGAGGGCAGGGUGGUGGCCCUGUGGCACCCGGUGCGCGGCUGGUAG